GAUUUUUCUGUCUCCUCCCCGGCCCCUGAUUAGUGUUUACCUGAUUGACCUAAGUUUGACGGGGAUUUCCUGCUCUUCUUCUUCAUUCUUUUUACUCGACCAAUUGAUAAUUCUCACAUUUACGCCAGACCAAACCUAGUCUGUACAUCAACAUGUCGAACGACCAGCAGAAGGAUCUUGCGGAGCGCAUCUCCGAGCCUGUUGUUCCCCCAGAGGUUGCGAGGGAGAUUGGCCUUUUGGAGCAGCAGUUUGUUCGCGCAGAGGUUGAGCAGAUGCGUCGCUCCAUCGUCGAACUUCGUCCCCUGUAUGAAAAGCGCGCCAAGAUCGUCGCGCACCCUGAGGUGCAGAGCAACUUCUGGGUUCGCGUGUUGUCCAAUGCGUCCGGUGACGUCGACCAGUACAUCACUCCCGCCGAUGCGGCGAUCCUUGGCUCUGCCCUGAAGAACUUGACCGUCGAGCGAUUCGAAGUCAACGAGAAGGGCGAGGGCGAGCCGCGCAGCAUCCGUCUUACAUUUGAGUUCCACACCGGCGAGGCGAACCCGUUCUUCGAGAAUGAGAAGCUGGUCAAGGAGCUAUACUGGCGAAAGCAGGUUUUCACCACUGCCAGUGGUAAGAAGAGGACCUGGGAUGGACUUGUUUCCGAGCCUGUCCGCAUCAACUGGAAGAAGGAUAUGGAUGUCACCAAGGGUCUGCUAGAUGCCACCUGCGAUCUGUUUGAGGCGGAGAAGAAGGGUGGUUCUCGUAGGGAGUUGCCAGAGUUCAAGAAGCUCCAAGAGAAGCUUGCUGAGGUGGAGGCCCUUGAGAGGGAUGAGGAUGAUGAGAACGACGAUGAGGACCCUCUAGGACAUCCUUCCGGCGAAAGCUUCUUCAACUUCUUCGGUUAUCGCGGAAGUGACGUGACUGCCGAACAAUCUGCGGCGGCGACCAAGGAGGAACAGGAGAAAUUUGAGAAGCUUCUCAAAGGAGAAAGUGUCGAGGAUGACGAGGCCGACGAAGACGAGGACGUUGACGACGACUUCGAAGAGAUCGAAGCCUUCCCUGCCGGAAGCGAAUUGGCCGUUGCCCUUGCUGAAGACCUCUGGCCCAAUGCGCUGAAGUACUAUGCCCAAUCCUUUGAAGAGCAUCCCGACGAUUUCGAUAUGGACGACGACGAGGAUGAGGAUGAAGAUGACGAGGACGAAGAAGAGGAAGACUCCCGCCCACGCAAGAAGGCCAAGGUCUAAACGUCCAAAAGAGAAUUUCGAGCAAUUCACAGCCCCCAAACUAUAGGGCGAUGACUAGUAUUAAUAACAGAACGAGGACGAAAAUGAGGACAGCGAUGCAGAACGACGACAUCGUAUCUAAUCCCUAGUUAGCAGACUGGAAGAUCAUGAAACCCUCAAAGCAGACUGGAUAAUGC